AGAUACCCGUAUACACAAUAAAUACCACCAAUCCGCGUGCAAAAUGAGUGUGGUGGGCAAGCAACUGAAUCCCGUGCAAUCCUCCAGUGCAGCUGCCGUUGCCGCAUCGUCCUCCGCGGCCGCAGGAUCCUCGUCGUCGUCGGCGGGCAGCGGAGCGGAGGCCAACGGAGGCAGCGGAGGAGCCGCGGGAGCUGCCGCCUCGGGUGGCGGCGGCGGCGGAGGCGCCUCCAAUGACUCCAAACGCAGCGCGGAGCCAUCGAGCGUCAGUCCCGACGAGGUGCUCCACCUGACCAAGAUCACGGACGACUAUCUCUGCUCCGCCAAUGCAAAUGUGUUCGAGAUCGACUUUACGCGGUUCAAGAUCCGCGACCUGGAGAGCGGAGCCGUGCUCUUCGAGAUCGCCAAGCCGCCGAGCGAGCAAUAUCCCGAUGGACUGUCCGUGGAGGAGACCAUGCUGGCGGCAGCCGAGGAACUGUCGCUGGAGGACACUGCCGAUCCGAAUGCCGGACGCUAUGUGCGCUAUCAGUUCACGCCGGCAUUUCUCAACCUCAAAACAGUGGGAGCCACUGUGGAAUUCACUGUGGGCAGCCAGCCUGUGAACAAUUUCCGCAUGAUCGAACGCCACUUCUUCCGCGAUCGCCUGCUAAAGACCUUCGACUUUGAGUUCGGCUACUGCAUUCCAUAUUCGAAGAACACGUGCGAGCACAUCUACGAGUUUCCUAACCUUCCACCCGACCUAGUGGCUGAGAUGAUAUCGAGCCCCUUUGAGACGCGCUCGGACAGCUUUUACUUUGUGGAAAACCGACUCGUCAUGCACAACAAAGCCGACUACGCCUACGAUGGCGGCAUUAUAGUCUAAAUACCCAACUAAAGUGGAACUAAAACUAGAGCAAAACUAAUAACUAAAGAACUAAAAACUACAAAUGCUGUGAGACAAAAUCAAUGACUUGUCACACACACAAAACAAAACACACACACGAAACACUUGAAAACACCCACUAAAAACUCAAAUUGAAAAUGGAAAAAUGAAAAAAUGAUUAAUGAAAAUCAAGAAUCACACUCACAACACAUCGAAUCGAAUCGAGGAAUAUUGUCACAGCCAUUUUAGCCUUAGCACAAGAGUUUUACCCACCAUUCCUGUUUGAUGUAUUUAGCAAGGAUAAUGACUCCUGUACACACACACCAACACAACAACAACAACAAACAAACAAACACACACUGAAGCACGCGGACUGUGUUCAUUUAUCAAUGAUUUCAACUUUGACUAUAUAAUUUUAAGUGCAAUGUGAUUUCCCCUGAUUUAUAUCUGUAUUUAUACACAUUUAUUUAUUCCUAAUAAUUAAGUACACUCACACACUCCCAACAAGAAACAUACAUAUAUAUAUAUAUAUAUUAUAUAUAAAUACAUACGUAUACACACACGAAACCAAAGAAAAUUUCGGAAAAAUUGAGAAAAACACUUGCCGUCAAUUUUUGUAUGCAGCAUACGAUGAUCAGGCGAGAUCUAUCAGCUUCUUCAUGGCAUUUUUUUUUUCGUGUCUGUGUAUGUAUAUUUUUAAAGAAAUGAAAAGAAAAGAAAAAAACCAGAUGAGAGAACAAAAAAUGGAAUUCUGAAAAAUCUAAAGAAUCUAACGAUCACACGCCGAACAAGAAUGAUAAAUUAAAUUACAUUUUAAAUGUACAUACACCACUACAAAA